AUGGUUAUGGAGAAGGAUGACACAGAAGAGGCACCUAAACCACUGGGACACUAUAUUCGAGAGGGUUUGAAGCAGCUGUACCAGGACCACCAACUCUGUGAUGCCACCAUAAUGGCUGAAGGAAAGAGGUUCCCAUGUCACAGGAUGCUACUGGCUGCAGAUCCCUACUUUCGAGCCAUGUUUGUCAGCUCCUUCAAAGAAUCCCAGGAUGGAGAAGUUCUGAUGCAGGACAUGGCCCCUUCCACUGUGCAAACCAUCCUACACUAUCUGUACACGGAGAAGAUAUCGGUUACUUCAGAGACAGCCCAGGCUGUGUUCAUAGCAGCCAGCAGGCUUCAGAUCUUCCCUCUGCUGGAGAUCUGCUCCAGCUUUCUUCUGGAACAAGUUUCCCUUGAGAAUUGCCUUAUGUUUUAUGAACUUGGUUAUGCCCAUGGCGAAAAAGCUCUGCUCCAAGUAGCCAUGAGAUAGAUCAGCCUGAGUUUUAGGCAUCUCUCUCUGGAGGACAAAAGCUUCCUACAUCUGAAACCCAGCACUUUGAUUAGCAUCAUCUCGUCAGACAGCCUGGUUGUCUCUUCUGAAAUAGUUGUCUACCGGGCCGAGCGACACUGGAUGAAGUUUCAAAUCUCCAACCGCCGUCCAUUCCUGAGUAAGAUAAUGAAGCAUGUCCGCCUUCCACUCCUUACCCAGGAAGAGCUCCGGGAGGUCCAGUUAGAAUCGGCACAUUGUAGGGACAUGCGAUUGCGAUGGAAGUGUCUCAACAGGCAAGAGAGGUUGCGGGAGUGUGAAGGUCUUAGACAAGGCACGUACAGCAAGUGUAUUGUGUGCGUCGACCUGUCAACAUGGAGGGCCCAGAGCUGAAAACGAAGGAUUUUUCAGGUAGGCUGUUUUGACUCCCAGACAGAAAAGUGGGAAAAGCUGCCGCCUUUGAAAUGCCUGUACCGUGCUCGCUGCCUGGCAGUGGCAAAUAAGCUGUAUGUAACCGGAAGUGUGAACACAGAUGACUCUUAUUCAGAUACUCUCCAUGAGUACAGCUCUUUCAGAGGCCAGUGGACACAGCUCCCUUCCAUGUCCAUGCCCCGUGCUUCACAUGGGUUUCUAAACUGCAACCAGAAGCUGUAUGCUGUGGGGGGCUGGUGCAGGUAUGAAGAUUAUCUCAAUUCUACAGAGUGCUUUGACUUGAUGGAGAAGACCCGGACUCCUAUCUCUUGGCUGCCAUAUACUCUGAGCCAUUUUGCCACCAUAGUGCUUAAAAAUAAAUUGUACCUGAUAGGUGGUGUGACAGACAAACUGCGCUCUUGGUAUGUUUCCAGGAAGGUUUUGAUCUACAAGGUUAGCUCCAAUGUGUGGACGCAGGUGCUUCUGGAUGCAGAGUGCUACUGGUUGGGAGCUGUCUCCAUGAAUAACGGGAUAUAUGUUAUUGGUGGGUAUUUUAGGAGCAGAGUGAGACAUCGUAAUGAGAAAUGGCCUGAUUCAGGAAACCUGCAUUACACUCGAAAGUGUUUCUUCCUGGGUGAAGAUGGAAAAGUGGACAAGGAUGUCAUGAUCCAAAAGUUGCCAGUUGAAAUUGCUGGUGCUGGUGUGGUGCGCUGGAAGAAGAGGAUCUACGUGCUGGGUGGUGAAAAUACAUAUUUAUAUAAUAACCACAGUGAUGAAAAUGAAGAGGAAUAUUAUAAUACAAUUUACUAUUGGGAACCUGGAGACCACAGAUGGACUCAGUGUCCAGAAAGACUCCCUUUUAGCAACUGGGGAAUCAGCGGAUUUGGGUGUGCAACCCUGAAGUUACCCAAAAAAACUAUUCUGUCUCUUUUUCAAAAGACAUCUGUAGCCCUGACAGCUGUUGAGUUAGCAGAGAGUUAG